UCCCUGAGUUUAAGAUUUUCUAAAUAUGACUGCCCUAACAGCGGAGGAUGUCAAUGCAUGUAUUGCUGAGAAAGAUCCUGCUACAAAAGAUUUUAUUUUUCAGCAAACAAUGUUGAGAGUAAAGGAUCCUAAAAAAUCUCUCAAGUUUUAUAGUGAUGUGCUAGGGAUGAGGUUGCUUCAUAGACUAGACUUUCCUUCGAUGAAAUUUUCUUUGUAUUUUAUGGGAUAUGAAAGCGAGGAGGAUGUUCCAAAAACAGACGAAGAAAGGCUAGUCUGGUGCUUUUCAAGAAAAGCCACUUUAGAGAUGACACAUAAUUGGGGUUCAGAAGAUGAUGACACUCAGUAUCACAAUGGCAACUCUCAACCAAAAGGAUUUGGUCAUAUUGGUAUCGCUGUACCAGAUUUAGAUGCUGCAUGCGAACGAUUUGUAAAGAUGGGUGUAAAGUUUCAAAAAAAACCUACAGACGGUUCCAUGAGAGGAAUUGCGUUUAUACUGGACCCUGAUAAUUACUGGAUCGAAAUUUUCAAUCCAAACAAAGUUUUGGACAAGAAAGAAUAAAGGACAUUUUGCAUGAGUUAUAUUACCGAGUCUUGAAUUCUAAAUUUAAACACUUUUUUAUACAUAAAUGAAGUUAAAUAAGAAUAGUGAAAUAUCAACAGCCAUUCUUGUA